AUGUAUCCUAGUUACCAGAAGUCUAAGAGCACCUACGGCACUGUGCCUGAUAGUGCUGGCUACGCGGAAUCUCCAGAGCUCCAACAGUUUUGGGGCCUGGCCAAUAUUACCACUAGCAUUCCAUCCAAUUCCCACCCAUCCGUUCUACGGCAGAUGGAAUUUAUGGAUGCCCAGCCAGACCCGCAGGUCUUCCUAGCUCCGGGGAACUACUCCACUGCACGAAGAGGAUCAACAGACGCUGAUACGAUUGGCUCUCAAUAUGCAUGGUCCACUACAUCUGACGCAGAAAUCCCCUCAAACCCCCCUCAUUUGCCCUCCUUUGAGACCUCCAUCAGUUUCACCCCAGCACCCUUCAUUCAAAGCUAUUAUCCCCCGGGAUCUCCGCAGUUCCGUAUGAGCGACCCAGGUCUGCUGGGGUAUACUCCUCAGCAAAUUGACAAAUGGUGCAUUGGGAGUCAACCAGCUGGAGAUUUGUACCAGUCACAGCCGUUCUCAACUAUGGGCUCUAUGCGCUUUUCACCAUCAGUAGAAGUGCAGCCAGUGCCGUACUCAACAUUCAACAGCCAACUCAACGCUAAAAACGAGCUGUCGGUCUUUUUUCCACCACAUUCCUCUGAUCCAAUUCCAGAAACUUUCUUCUCAGUCUCCCGAUCCGUCUCAGCUCCUCGAUCAGACCCAGUCCCAGCAACCCAUCUCCACCAAUCCACGGCUACGACCAUCUCAACCUCAUCGUCAUCACCGCAUUCCCUCUCCGAUCUUGAGUCUCCACCAGCCGCACCAGGCUCGGCCUCCAGCGCAGGCUCAGGCGACCUAAGCAACUACGGCAUCCCAACGGGCGACGGUAACUGGCGCUGCGCCUACCCGGGCUGUUCCUCGCAGUCUGUCUUCCAUCGAGGCUGUGAUCUGAGGAAACACUUCAACCGCCACCUCAAGCACCUAUUCUGUCGUCAUGAGGGAUGUCCUCAGUCUACGAAGAAUGGCUUCAGCAGCAAGAAGGACCGUGCUCGUCACGAGGCAAAGCAUAAUCCCGGUGUCUUCUGUGAGUGGGAAGGCUGUGGGAAGGUAUUCAGUCGGGUCGACAAUAUGAAGGACCAUGUGAGGAGGAUUCACCGGAAAGGGGAGGCUGGAAGGGCUUAG